ACCAAUAAUGUCAUUAUAUGACGGUGGUAUGAUCGUGUUGUACAGUAUUAUCAUAGUAAUAAGAUCAAUGUAUAGUAGUGGUACGAUAUCAUUAGAUUUUUUUUUAAAAUAUAGAAAAAUAAAUAUAAUUUUUUAAAUCAUAAUUAAUAAUUUCUUUCCAUGAAAUUUUUUUUAAAUUCCGAGUUAAAUGAAGGAGACAUGGCUCUACUAAGAAAAUGUGGAUUAGAAAAAAGAAAAAGAAAAAAAGUUGAAUCAAUCCAUAAGUUUAGGCCCUCAACAUUUAAUGGACCGAGCUUAAAGAUUUUAUAGCAUUUUAGAAAAGAGUUUUGUAACUUAUCCUAUCUCCACCAGAAUUGGGCUUCAGGGCCUUGUUUCGGUUUGUCCCUCUCAAGUCUCAACCCAGAUUGCCACCCCAAAUUUAGAUGGGCUUUUUUCUUCUUAAAAGUAACUCGGGUAAGUGUUGGGCUUUUGGCGGGUGAGUCCAAAGCUUUUUUGUAUGCUUGAAAAGGGAGUCCAUGAUAUUCCUAUACAGUUUGUGGUCAAAUGCUUGAAUACGUCAUCGAUGAUCCAGACGUUGAAUUUCUCGAUCACUUACCUAAUUCGGCCGCUCCUCCAGACGUCAGCGAUGAUGCCUCCCAUUUUCUUUGUUCUUCUCCGCCAUGAACGCGGGCGCCGGCUUUUCUCCAGUUCUCACGUGGGGAUUCACUAUAAGUACCCGAUUGGACCGGCAUUGUUGCGAAAGGAGAUAAUUUCUUUGAUUCCGAUUUCUCAGAGAAGUAAACAAUUGAAACAGCGAAGAAGCAGGAGAAGAACAAGAAGAAAAGGAAUACGACAAUGGCAGCGAAACCAUCAGCGAUUCCCCUUCUCGCCCCAUACAAGAUGGGAAAGUUCGAUCUUUCUCAUAGAAUUGUCCUUGCACCAUUGACAAGACAGAGAUCUUAUGGAAAUGUCCCACAGCCACAUGCCAUCUUGUAUUACUCCCAGAGGACAACCAAAGGUGGUCUUCUGAUAGCUGAAGCUACUGGAGUAUCUGACACUGCACAAGGGUAUAAAGAUGCCCCUGGAAUCUGGACCAAAGAGCAAGUUGAGGCAUGGAAACCAAUUGUGGAUGCUGUUCAUGCCAAGGGUGGCAUAUUUUUCCUUCAGAUUUGGCACGUUGGGAGGGUUUCAAAUUCAGGUUUUCAGCCAAAUGGGCAGGCGCCAAUCUCGUCUAGUGACAAGCCAUUGACCCCUCAGCGUCGGGCAAAUGGCAUUGAUGUUGCAGAAUUCACACCCCCAAGACGAUUGCGCACAGAUGAGAUCCCUCAAAUUGUCAAUGACUUCAGAAUUGCUGCAAAGAAUGCAAUGGAAGCAGGCUUUGACGGAGUGGAGAUACAUGGUGCUCAUGGUUAUCUCAUCGACCAAUUCCUGAAAGACCAAGUGAACGAUAGAACCGACCAAUAUGGCGGGUCCCUAGAGAACCGUUGUAGGUUUGCUCUAGAGAUAGUCGAAGCUGUAAGCAAUGAGAUUGGAGCAGACAGAGUUGGAAUCAGAUUGUCUCCAUUUGCAAACUAUGGUGAAUGUGGCGACUCGAACGCCGAAGCUUUAGGCCUAUACAUGGCUGAAUCCUUGAACAAAUAUGGGAUUGCCUACUGUCACAUGGUUGAGCCCAGAAUGAAGACGGUGGCUGAAAAAGUUGAAACUCCUCAGAGUCUCCUCCCCAUGAGACAAGCUUUCAAGGGCACUUUCGUUGCUGCUGGAGGUUUCGGUAGGGAAGAUGGGAACAAAGCUGUGGAAGAGGAUCGUGCUGACUUAGUCGCUUAUGGUCGUCUUUUCUUGGCUAAUCCUGAUCUACCGAGGAGAUUUGAGCUCAAUUCGCCUCUCAACAAGUACAACAGGGACACGUUCUACAUUUAUGAUCCUGUUAUAGGGUACACUGACUACCCUUUCUUGGAUUCACAUCAUUCUGUUGCCUGAUCUGACUGUUACACAGAUUUAGUUGUCAGUGAUUUGUUUUUCAUUUCCAUUUGUUUAGAAUUGGGUUUGGGUCAGAAGUCAGAUAAAGAGAGGGAUUCUUCCUUACCAUAUGGUUCAUUCUACAGAUUUCAUUUCAGUUUAUUGGCUUAUAAAGUUAUAAUGAUUUG